ACUCCAUUCACCAAAAGUCAAAAAGUACUACUCGUGAUCUAACGCUGGUUGGAGUUCGGCGGCAUGAAGCCUCCACUUUUUGCUUGUUAUUCAAUUCAAGCCAAACAGCAAACCGCACGACCUUCCGAGAGCCAACCCUUGUGGAGACGGUUCAAGGAGCUUCACCAGUGAACUCCCUCACAAAAAGCAAACAAAACAAACAACAACAAGCAAACAUCAAACCUUAUAAGAACCAACAAAAAUGGAACCACGUAGAGUUAUGAGAUCCAUCUCACGAUCCUUGAAAGGAAGACGUACUCGAACAGUGGACCUGAAAACGUUCGAAGCAGAAGAAGCGUCACGGCAACCAAGAAACAAGGGCAAAGAUAUUCCAAGCGCCAUCCAUUUAACUCCCAAUUCCAGUCAUGCGGUAGCUCAGUUUCGUCCAGAUGAAAUCCUGACGGGCAACAAACUUCCUUUGGAGGAUACAGAACGCCACGGUAAGGCCAACUGCAAAAGUCGGCCAAACUUUCGAUUCCACGAUGUCCUGGCCAUUCGCGAGAUGCACAAUAUGACAGUAGAUCACACGGAAAGCAUGUCUUGUAGCGAGCAUGAUGAUGACAGUGUGCUUCGCGAACGUCAUCAUCACGACGACGAUACGCUAAAGACGGCACGGGACAUGGUGCGACUGCAGGCAGCCGAGCUAGCCCCGGGACAGUCGCAAGAUGGCAACAAGAUCUUGGCCACAAAAAAGCCACUCCACAAAUACAUGAUCAAACGAGUGUAUCGACACAAGUCCAGUCCACAACAGCAAGUGCAGGCGCUGAAACACUUGGUACAAGAAACCACUAUUUUACAGCAAUUCACCAGCCACGGGCACCACAACCUCAUCACACUACGAGGCACCCCCAUGGAGGAGGACUACGGUAAUUGGAAAACCUACUUUGUCAUGACGGAUCGGAUAUCGGAAACUCUAGCCCAGAGAAUGCAUCGGUGGAGGAAGGAAGCGGCCGCCCCGAAGCCCAAAGGCAGGUUCUUUCCGUAUCGCACUUCCAGCAGAAAGACAUCUCCCAUGAGCACUGCACUUGCGUUGGAUCCAUCCAAUCCUCGCUUCCGACAAAAGCUAGUGUAUGCACAAAACUUGGCUAGUGUCUUGGCAUUUCUGCAUUCCAAACACAUUGUGGUCCGCAAUCUACAUCCCGAGUCGAUUGGAUUCUUGGCGUCGGACGAUACCUUGCAGCUGAUGGACCUGGGACAAGCCAUGGAAAUUCGUCACAACACGGACAAACACGGCAACCCUAAUCAGAAUCUCCAUCACAACGUUUCCAGAGCAGCGGGAACUCUUCUGCAUCAACAACUUGAGCUCUCCCUGUUUCAAAUGACACCUGGUCAAGGUGUCUACCGCUACAUGGCGCCAGAACUACUGACAACCAUUCAUCCCUCAGACGAGGACAGCACUCCAGCUUCUAGGAAGAACCUUCCGUAUGGCUACAAAGUAGACUCGUAUAGCUGGGCAAUGAUCUGUUUUGAGCUCUUGACACUGUCAACUCCCUUUGCCGUCAUGAAGGCGGGUCAGCACUUGCGACAGGUUUGCUUGCAUCGGCCCGGAGCCCGUCCUCAUCUGGAACUCUUGGGGUUGCCACAGCAUUUGGAACAUUUGUUGCAGCGAUCAUGGCACGAUCAUCCGGAACGACGUCCGGCAAUGUCAAAGAUUGACGAAACCUUGCUAAGGUAUCUUCAGUGAAUGAAUGAACUGGAGGAGCUAGAAACCUCUAUCCGGUACAUACUAAAGUAGGCUUUGAAAACAAGCUAUAGUUCUGCCUCAAUC